AUGUCGGUAAUGAGUAGUCCUGUUGAUAUAUCGAGUCAGCAGUGCAUUAUUAUUAACUCCUCAUCUCCAAGUACAACCGCAUCAGAGAAGAAAAGGAAACCACCAGCAACUUAUGGUGGAGCAGGUACCAAGAGAUUACGAAAGACAGAGGAUGUAUGCCCAUAUGAAAUAUCAGACGAUGAAUAUGAUGGCGAGAACCGUACUGUAGAGAGAUCUAUUCAAAACGAUGUUGAUCUCGAAGUUACGUUCAGUGACGUUAGUGAACCAGAAUCAGAUUCUUUGCUGCUAGAAGGCGAAGGACCAACAAGUAAACCACUUGAAUUAACAGAUGAUGAAAGCGUCAAAGAAUCAUCAAGCGAGACAAAAGAUUUCUUUGACAAUGAUUCAGGCGUGAAAAAAAUGUCCCUAGAUCUUAUAAAUGCUUACCGAAUCAAAUCUACGAAAACCCUCCCGGAGUUCAAAAGAAGCAGAAGCCUCGUCAAGACGGAUUCACAUAGUACAAAAGCUGUAUAUAGAAAAGCUUUAAAUGUACGGCGGCAGAGUAUGGAAAAAUACAAACUCCCACCAGUGUUAUUCUUAGAGGAACUGCAAGCGCGGGCAUCAAUUCAUCUUUCAAAAUGUGAAUCUAUAUUAUCUGGAAAAAUGUCAUCCCUAUACUAUACAAUGGCUAAGCAGGUUGCAAAAAACUCUAAACGUCAAGUUAUAACAAAAGAAGAUUUAACUGAUUUGAACAUUAUGAAAUUUACUGCAGGGUAUUUUGGAUCAAGGCGACAAGCAAUUGUGGGAAUGCUAAUAAUGGAGAAAUACGGUUCGGAACUGAAGAAACAUAAAAAUCCAGUAGUAACUUUCUGGGGUCCCUUUGACUUUUCACAAUAUGUUUUGGCACCAGAAAUACUAAGCCAUUUGUGUAUGGAGGACUUCAAUUUAAAAAACAUAGAAGAUGCAUGGGACAUUUUACAGGCUACUAUAGAUUUCGGGAUCAAAGUAGCAGAUUCUGAUCCAUUGGAAAUUUAUGAAAUAGAAUUAGAAGAACAAGAGCUUCAAAACCUCAAUUUAGGUAAGGAGUACUCUUCUAUGACUUAUAGAAAAGACCCACGCCAGUCGUGA